CUCAGUCUUUCCUCGGAGGCAGACCAUGACGUCAAAGCAGGAAGAGAAACAGGAAGUUAAAGUCUGAAACACUUUGUUCUUCUCUGCUGUGGCGCAGUCUGAUCAGCCGCUCCUGGAGAAAGUUGAUUUAUCGCUUCAUGCUGUUGUUCAGCCUUUAUUUAUAGAGCCAGCUCUGAGCAGCGAGCGCUCUGUGACUCACCUCAGACUCAGGCCUAAUCUCAGUGUCCCCCCUCAACCCUGAACCCUCCCGGACUCACCGGGAAGGCACCUCGGAGUCUGAGAGUGUGGACAUGGGGACUGGGCCUCAGACUCACCUGCAGGGAUCAUGUGUCAUGUGAUGUGUGGACCUUCUGCUGGAGGCUGUGUGUGUUUGGCGUGAGACAGUUGACUCCACCCACCUCCAACAGAAAACCACGUCAAAGAGACAUGAACCAGCGGUGGAAAAUACUGAAAUGCUGAGGUGCAGUACUUCAGGAUUGGACAGAUGUACCUGGAGGAUCAUGUUGGAACUUUACUACAAUCUCAGAGCAGCAGGAUGGACCUUUCAGAUGCUCUUGGCGAUUGGCCCGCUGGUGGCAACAGCCAGUCAUUAGGAGAAACUGCACCUGGUCCUUGGCCCGGGCAACCCGCCAAUCCUGCCUGGCCAGGUCAACCAGCUGCCAACCCGGCCUGGCCCGGUCAACCAGCUGCCAACCCGGCAUGGCCCGGUCAACCAGCUGCCAACCCGGCAUGGCCCGGUCAACCAGCUGCCAACCCUACCUGGCCCGGAGGUCCUUCUGUAGGUGGAGGCGCCUGGCCUGGAGGUCCCUCACCUCAACCCAUCGCACCUGGAGGAUGGCCCAGUCCUUCACCUGGACCUGGACCUGGCGUCCCUGCUGCCCCCCAACAGAGUCUGGUGGUUCCGUACAAACAGACUCUUCCCAGUGGAGUUUAUGACAAACUGCUCAUCACCAUCGCUGGAACCAUCAAACCCAAUGCUAACAAGAUCACAGUGGAUCUGAACACAGACCAAGACCUGGCCUUCCACUUCAACCCUCGCUUCAAUGAGGACGGCAAGAAGGUGAUCGUGAGGAACAGCUGCAUCGGCAAGAACUGGGGGAGAGAGGAGAGAGAACUGCAGCAAUUCCCCUUCGUCCCAGGGCAGCCAUUCGAGAUGAAGAUCAUGUGCACCAACAAAGAGUUUAAGGUGGCCGUCAACAACACUCACCUGCUGACGUUCCAACACCGGGUCACUAACCUGAGAGCCAUCAACCAACUCUCCAUCUACUACGAUCUCACCCUGUCCAGGGUCAACAUGGAGACUCUGCCUUGAGGCGGGUCACCAGAUCCACCACAGACCUACUAGGAUCCACUGGAGAUGCACCACCGAUCCGUGGGGGGUCAUCUGUGGAUCUACAGGAGAUCCACCACAAUACUACAGAAUAUCAAUCAUUGAUCCACUGGAGAUCCAUAAAUGAUCCGCCAGAGAUCUACUGCUGAUCCACCAGAGAUUUACUGGGAAUCCACCAUAGAUCUACUGGGAAUCCACCAGAGAUCUACUGGGGAUCUACUGGGAAUCCACCAGAGAUCUACUGGGGAUCUACUGGGGAUCCACCAGAGAUCUACUGGGGAUCUACUGGGGAUCCACCAGAGAUCUACUGGGGAUCUACUGGGGAUCCACCAGAGAUCUACUGGGGAUCUACUGGGGAUCCACCAGAGAUCUACUGGGGAUCUACCGGGGAUCUACUGGGGAUCCACCGGGGAUCUACUGGGGAUCCACCAGAGAUCUGUAGAGAUCUACUGGGGAUCCACCAGAGAUCUGUAGAGAUCUACUGGGGAUCCACCAGAGACCAGAGAUCUGCUGGGGAUUCCUGGUAAUCCACCAUGGAUUUAUUGGAAAUCCACCAGGGAUCUACUGGUGGAUCCACAGAAGAUUCUCAGUUAAUCCACGGAGGAUCCUCUGUAGAUUUACAGAAGAUCAUCAUUAGAUAAUAGACCUAAAGAAAAAGUGUUGGUGGAUCUUCCAAAGGAACUGUAGAUUUACAGAUGAUCCCUAUAGAUCCAGAGAACAUCUUCUGUAAAUUAUUGUAGAUGAUCACCAGUAGAUCCAAUUGAAAAUAUAUCUUGAGUAGAUCUGUAGCUGACUCUUGUUCUUUUAUACACAACCAAUUGCAGAAGGAUCUGCAGUAGAUCCUCUCGUACUUCUUUUCUUCUGUUUGACUCCUAUAAAUAAAGGGUUAAUCUUUGGUAAAA